AUGAACAAGGAGGGACGCUUACUCCUCCCCAAACUGAAUGGUGAAAGAGGACGCUAUGGUAUGAAGGAGCAUACUCUUGCAAAUACCUACAGAAAGAUUCUUUGUUUACCAAAAAAUGGAGUAGAAGCAAAUAAGCUUCUCAAAUUCAGGUCGCCUGCUGCUGGUAGUUCAGCUGGAGAUUUUGCUGAUGUUGCAUAUUGGGUGUUGAAAAGCCGUUGUCGAAAUGGAGGCAAAUUGACCGUUGGGCAGGUUGACUCUCACCUCACAAAUAUUGCUACUUUAAACGCAAACAACAAUCGAAGGGGCAUUGAUGUGGAGCUAACAGAUGUACUUUUCAAAAUGUCUGCUCAUGAGCAAAAGUGGUUCAUACGCCUGCUUCUAGAAAACCUGAGACUUGGUCUUGGUCAGAAUGAUAUUAUGAAAGCUAUUCAUCCAGAUGCAAAAGAUUUGUAUGAUGUCUGCAGUAGUUUGAAAAAGGUGUGUGAAAAAUUACAUGAUCCCAGCAAACGUUUACAUGAAAUUGAAAUUUCACUUUUUCAACCAUGCCGGCCCAUGCUAUCUGAGAGGUUGGAUAUUUUAAAAGUUGACACUAUCAUCAAUAAAGCACCAUUUUAUUAUGUGGAGAGAAAACAUGAUGGAGAACGCUUUCAAAUCCACAAAGAUAAUGGAAAAUAUUGCUACUUUUCAAAGAAUGGAAAACCAGAGUAUACUGACAAUUACGGAGAUUCAAUGAAUUCAGGAUUACUUACCCCCUUCCUUGGCAAACAAUUGCAUGCAGAUGUUAAAACAUGUAUUUUAGAUGGUGAGAUGAUGGCAUGGAAUACAAAAAUGAAUUUCUUCCAAUCUAAAGGGCCAAAUUUUGAUGUCAAACGAUUGCGAGAGGGUGACCUUCACCGCCCAUGCUUCUGUGUGUUUGAUGUUCUGAUGCUCAAUGGAGAAAUUCUAACAAAUAAACCCCUAGAAGAUCGCAUUAAUGUGCUCAACAAAUUAUUUUCUCCCUUGGAGGGUGUGAUUAUGCAUACACCUCAGAAGCGUGUGACCACUAGUACAGAGAUCAUUGAAGCUCUUAACAAUGCAAUUGACAACCAAGAAGAAGGAUUGAUAGUGAAGCAUCCCAGCUCAAUCUACAAGCCGGCUACAAGAUCUGGAGGGUGGUACAAAAUUAAACCAGAGUAUACUGUUGGAUUGACAGAUGAGUUGGAUUUAAUUAUACUGGGAGGGUACUUUGGAGAAGGCCGUAGGAAGGCUAAUAUCAGUCAUUUCUUAGUUGGUGUUGCUGUUUCUCCAGCAAACGAGGGUACCAACCCUGUUGAUUUUUAUUCUGUUGGUCGUGUGGGAUCUGGAUAUUCCAGAGAAGAACUUGCUGAUUUACUCCAGAAACUAACUCCCCACUGGAGAACUGUUAAAAGUGGUUUUUUGCCAAAUGGUCUCCAUUGGACAAAAGAGAAACCAGAUGUAUGGAUUGAACCUUCCAAAUCCCAAAUUCUUCAGGUGAAAGCAACAGAGAUUGUAAAAAGUGAUUCAUACAAAACUGGAUAUACCUUGCGCUUUCCUCGGGUUGAAAAAGUCCGUUAUGAUAAAAACUGGUCAGACUGUUGUACAACUUCUGAUUUUGAAAAAUUAAGAUUAUCAAACUCAGGGAAAUUAGCCUCCCGACAUGUCAUGGCAGCAGACCUUUCCCAGGCCCCUCCCAAAAAACGGCCUCGUACAAAACCAGUUGGUGCUGUUGGAAGAGACUAUAGAGCUGCUGAUUUAACAGACUCUGAUCAAAGAGGUACUCUCUUUACUGGUAAAGAAAUAUGUGUCUUCAGUGGUAAUGCCCAAGUAUCAAAACAGGUCAUGGAAAAACGCAUUCAUGAACAAGGAGGGACUUGUGUACAACAGAGAGGCCCCGAUACCUUUUGUAUUGUAGCAGGAAAGAAAGACUUUCGUCUUAAGAAUCUAAUACAAAAUGGUGAUGUAGAUGUUGUGAAAGUUGAUUGGUUUCUACGAGUCCUUGAUGAAGAGAGGCUUUUAGAGUGGACUCCACAUGACUUGCUAUCAAUGUCUAAAAAAACAUCUGAGGAUAUAUUAACUAAAUACGAUAGGUUUAAUGACAGCUACCAAAAUCCAACAUCUAUGCAAGAACUUAAAAUUUCUCUUGAGAAAGUUGCAAAGGAGGGCUGUGCUGUGAACUUACUUCCGAGUGAAAUGGCUGACCUAGAUAUUGAGUUAUUCUCAGACUUGAAUAAAUUUGCUGUCUUCCGUUGCUGUGUUGCACUCUUUAAUUCUUCAACUCUGAAUGAAUUUACGUGUGAACUGAGCCAAGCAAUGUUUCAGUUCUAUGGGGGUCGCAUAGCUCAAGAAAUGAAUUAUGAUGUGACCCACAUUGUAUUGGAUAAUAAUGACACUGAAAAUUUGGCGAAUUUCCAAAAGAUGAAUCACUCUAGGUCACGGAAAUUUCACAUUGUAUCUUAUCAAUGGAUAGAGGAUUGCUGUGAUACCAGAGAGAGAAUAAGAGAGUUCAUCUAGAAUUAAGUACCUCUUUUUUAAUACAACUUUUAAUUUUUUUUAAAGCAGUAUUUAUGUUGAAGAAGCAAAUGCCAUUUUUACCUCUUCUAUACCAAGAGGAUUGUAAUUUGGAGGACUACAGCCUAUCUGUUGUAUUAUUUCUUUUGAAGCAUAGCAACCAUAUUGAAUACAUUCUUGUAAAGUGAAA